CACAGCUGAAUGCAUGCCACUUUUCUGUUUUGAGUGUAUUUUUACUUAUUUAUUUAUUUUAUUUGGUCUGCCAAGUUCAGUUCCAGAUUUUAAACGGAGUAGCUAACACAAUGCCCUUAGUGAAAUCUCUGAAGAAGGCUGAACCUCCUUGGAAGGAAUGGGACCACAAAGCACAGAAAUCUGGCUUAAGACAUUCCGUGUACAGUGUAAAUGGUGAUGAAUAUUCAGGGGAAUGGAUUAAUAAUUUAAAGCACGGCAAAGGUACAUAUACAUGGAAGAGGACACGUUCUGAAUAUGAAGGUGAAUGGGAAUGCGGGAGAAGAAGUGGCUUUGGGACAUUCAGUGUGCAAGACCCUACCACUGGGGUGUAUGUUAAGGUGUAUUCCGGAUCCUGGAAAAACGACAAAAAACAUGGAUAUGGAACUAAGUUUUACUCAGACAAGGAAUAUUAUGAAGGAGAUUGGAAAGAUGGAAAACGAAGUGGCUGGGGUAGAAUGUACUUUGCAAAUGGUGAUAUCUAUGAAGGAGAAUGGCUAGAAGAUAAACACAAUGGACAGGGAAUGCUCCGAUUAGCUAAUGAAAAUCAUUAUGAGGGUUCCUGGAAGGGUGGGAAAAAACAUGGUCCUGGUAAAUUUUAUUAUCUAGACAAAGGCCAGCUAUAUGAAGGAAUAUGGCUUGAAGACAUUCCAAAAUGUGGAACUAUGAUUGAUUUCAGAAGCACAGACGCUCCCUUCCCAACAAAAUAUCCCAUACCUGAGGUGAAACUAGAAGAUCCUAAUGGGGUUCUUGCAGAGGCUCGAAAGUCAUUCCUUGAAGAUCAAGAAUAAUCCAGACACGUCUAUAGGAGAACCUCCUAACAAAAAAAAA